UCGUUUUAUGCAGAGGGAAAAUUCCGUCAUUUGCAUCUAAGCCUCUUAUCCUAGUUUUUAUCCGAUUCACAAGCGACCAAUCCUCCAUCAAAUGGCCGCCUACGCAAACUCAAACCUCGCUCUCUUCUCCGCCUCAUCCUCCUCCGCCGCCGGCGCCGCCACCAUCCGCCGCGUGGCCACCGUGCGCUGCGGUCCGCGCGACAACCGCGGCCCGCUUCUCAAAGGUCGAAUCCUCAGCACCGAAGCCAUCCAAGCAAUCCAAGCCCUAAAGCGCGCCUACCGAUCCGAUCCGAAGAGCCUCCCCACGCACGCCCUCCGCCGUCUCAUAAAAUCCGACCUCACCGCCGCGCUGAAGGAGCUGCUCCGCCAGGACCAGUGCGCCAUCGCCGCCGUGGUCUUCUCCGUCAUCCAGUCCGAGUACGGCGCCGACAUCAACGCGUACUCCGAGAUGGUGGUGGCGCUGGCGCGGAAGGGAAUGACGGCGGAGAUCGACGCGCUGGUCGAUCGGAUGGAGGAGGAGGCGCCGGAGGGAAUCGUGCGCGGUGAGAGCAGGGGGCUGCUGAGGAUGGUGAAGCCAUUGAUCGGCGCGGAGAGGAAGGAAUCGACGGUCAGGAUUUACGAGAUGAUGAAGAGGAGUGGGAUGGGGUCCACGUGGGAGGUGGAUGAGUAUUUGGGGAGGGUUUUGAGCAAAGGGCUGAGGAGAUUUGGGGAGGGAAAAUUGGCCGAUGAGAUUGAUUCAGAAUUAGGGAGGUUGUACAAGGGGGGCAUUUUUGUCAAAUCAUGACUUCUGUUACUCCCUCCGUCCCACAUAAUUCGUCCCAGUUUUUCAUUUUGGUCCGUCCCACAUAAUUUGUCUCACUUCAAACUUUCCAUUUAUGGCAAAAAAAUCAUACCAAUGCUAAUUACAAUAAGGGAACUCAAAUCACACAAUUAAUGCAAUUAAGUGUUUAAUUAGCCUUUGAUUCUGUAUCCCAUAUUUCGAAUGACCCAUUCAUUUCGUCUUCCUUAUUCUUCCCCUUCAAUUCUCCUCUGGUGGAAUUUACUCCUCCCACCUUCCCCCCUUCAAUUCGGCUACCCCAUUCAAUUCUCUCCCAUUGAAGACACCUCCCACCGGCUCACUCAUUCAAUUCGCCUCCCAACCGUCUCCCCCAUUCAAUUCGGCUCUCAUUGCAAUUUACUCCUUCCCACCGUCUAUAAACCCUAGAUCUACACUCAUUCUCCCCUCAAAUCCCAUCGUCUCCACAUACCUCGCCUCCUCAUCCACUCCAAGUACUCGCUGUGAAAACCCUAGAUCUACACGGGUUCCUCCACAAAUUCGACCGCCUCCACACAAAUCGAUGGAUGCUUAUCCCGACUCUCCAACUCGUUUUUUAUCGAUGGAUCUGGACGAUCUCGUCGUCCCAGACACCCCAGAUCAUCUAUGGGGUUCUGAGUUCGCCUUCGACGCCGGAGAUCAAGUUGACACCGUUGUCCCCGAAACCCCAGCUGAUCUCUUCAUACCCGUAGACGUGUGGCCUUCUCACUGUGGCAUCGUGUACGAUGACCGUGGUUGCCCCUACUACGGGCCACCACCACCAGCCACCCCCUACGCCGGGCCACCACCACCAGCCACCCCCUACAAUGGGCAACCAUCCUCCACCAACGUCCAAGCUACAGCCGCCCCCAUCGUGUAUUCCGACUUCGAGAGGCAGAUUCUUGCUAUUUUGCUGCCUGGGUUUUUAGAUUUAAUCUAAGUACUCCAAGCUGGAUUUGGUGGCUUGCCUCUGCCCAGAUUCUGUGCACAGUCUUCGUGCUCACUCCAAAGUCCUUUGUUGUCUUCACAAAACCUCCAUAUGCUACUUUACCUUCAUGGCUCAGUUGUAGCAGCCUUUGAGCUAUCAGAUUUUUGGUGUCCACUCCUACAAUGCGUGAGUUUUUGUCGCCGGUGAUAUCUCCGUCACUGUCUCCGGCACUGCCUCCAGCAGCAUACUCCAUUGCCCAAUGAUGAAAAUUUUCUGAGGGCAAUACUUCUAUUAAUCUCAUUUUGUUUAGUAGGUAUGCAUUUGUAGCUAGUGAUAGUUGGCCAUACCCUACUACAUUCCCUCCAAAAAAAAUUUGUUUUAAGUUUAGUUUGAUUUUAGAUUUCCCUCCAAGCAGUUGUAAUCAUCAGUAGACAUACAUUGAGAAGUUGUAGUGUGUGGAGUUUAAUAGAAGAGGCAAUUUGGUUUGAAAAA